GAAUCAGCAAUCAGCAGAAUGCAGCGGGCACAACUCACUUCUCAGGUCCUGCUGGCCACGGCCAUCCUCUACGCUUGCUUGGCGCCCGCUGCCUGCGUUUAUGAGGCAACGAUCCAGGAGUUUCUCAAUGAGUUCCGCAUGCGUAUGUGCCACCCCAUCCCGAAUCUGGGCCUGCCCGCCUUGGAUCCACUGCAGCUGGGUCCUGCCGAGACGGAGGUUAACAAUAAAUACCUAGUGGACUUCACUGGGUCUAUUGACAACUUCCAGUUGCACGGUUUGUCCGAUUUCGAUGUCCCUGUGCUCACUUUGAACCCGGUGCCUGGUUUGAAGAGCACCAUUAACGUCACCUUUCCACUCACGUAUUUUGAGUCCCUGUACACCGCCAAAGGAUCACUGGCCUACAUCGUCAACCUGGCCGGUGACGGCAAUGCCGAAACCUCCAUCACGAACUUUUCCGUCCUCAUUUCUUUCCGGUUGACAACCGUGUCACCUUUGGCCAUAAGAUCCCUGCAAAUUGAACUGCAGCUGGGAAAUCUAUGGAUCAACUUUGACAACCUGAUGGAGGAGGAACGCAUCAACGAAUUCAUCCAUGCUCUGGUCAACGAACUGGGCGUGGAGUUGCUCGGCGACAUCUGGGACUAUGGCCGGGGCACGGUGGUCACCAAAGUGCAGACGCUCGUAAACAAUUUCUUGGGUCAGUACUCGCUGACGGAUAUCAUCCAGAUCAUAACUGGAGGCAGUGGCGGAGAGAGUGCACCCAUCUUCGAGGGCGUGGAGCCCGACUGCAAACUUGAGGCCAGCCCAAGCAACUAAGACUGAAAUCUGAUGAAAUACCCCUAAUCUUAUAUAAGCCACUAUUUAAAUAUAGCCUAAGAAAUUUAUGUAUAAGUACGUUUAGAUCAAUAGAUGUCAAUGUGAGUGCACUUGAAAUUAUACGAUUUAUAGACCGUUUGACGUUCCAACCGUGUUUACUUAUCACUGUGAUAAGGAUAAGUCGGU